AAACUCCAUCUUGGUUAGAUACAUUCAAAAAUCCAUUCAAUGAUUGGCGAGCGGUGAACUUGAAGAAAAGCUUAGAUAAUUUCUUACGAGAGUUGAUUGCUAAUGAAAAAGCUUCAUUAUUAGAUUUCAGAAACUAUUUAUUUAGCAGACAAUGUGCAAUAUUACUUUUGCUUAAACAGCCAUGGGAGAUUGCUCGACGCUGCUUAUUGUUUGUAUAUAAUACUUUGAGUGAAUUACGGAUACUAGAAAUAAGCUUACCAGAUGGAUCAGUGGAAUGUUGGUCAAUUCUUUGUGCAUUAGAAAUUUUAGAUGUUUGUCAAACAUUAUUGAUAUCAGCAGAUAACAGUCAACAUCUUGAUCUUUGCUCUCUAUACACAGCUGAUUUAUGGGCUCUGGCAAGUAAAAAGUUAGCCGGAUUAAAUAAUACAUACAUUGAAACUCAAGAGGAAGUUUUAUAUACUAACAAAUUUAAGAGCGCAUUGUCAUCUAAUGAGAUUUUUACAAAACAAUUUUUAGAGUAUUCAGAAAUAGCUAUGGGAACUUACAAACAUAUAGGAAGAAUCAGAUCAGCAAGAUAUAUCGGAAAAGAAUUAGCACAAUUUUACAGUAGCUUAGAUGAAAAUCAAACAGCUGUUACCUUUUUAUUAGAUGCUUUAAAAACAUAUACUGAUGAAGGCUGGAAUUUGUUAGCAUUGAAAACUCAAUUGAAACUAACUGAAUAUUAUAAAAAAAUGAAUAAUUCGAAAAAAUACAUAAAAAUGUGUUGUCUAAUUGCUUGUUCUACAGUGUUGAACAUAGCCGCGCGAAAAACUUACUUUGAAGAAAUGUUGACGCAUACCAAAGUAUUCCCUGUAGCUAAGCCAUUAUUUAUUGAAUUUGAUAAUUGUUUUGAGAUACUAAAGAUAAAUGUAAAUAUCGUUGAUAAAGUUAUAGAAAAUUUUAUUGUGAAUGUGAAUAUUUCUUUAAAGUCACUAUUUCCAACAACCAUAAAAGACGUUCGUUCAUCUAUUUCUGUAGAAAAAAUUCUUGAAAUGAAUGCUGAUUCAAAAUUAAAAUGUCAUCCGGAAUCUCAAAUAACUUUAUUAUCUGAAUGGACUAAAAAAAGCUUGCAACAAGAGAACUCUCAGCUUACUAAAUUACAAGUUUAUCCGUACAUAGAUUUUAGAGAAGAUAUGAGUAUUGAAUCUGUUGGUAUAAUAAAUAAAAACGUUAAGCCACUUAUUAACCAAACUGACAAAAAAAAAAGUGAAAAAUUUAGUAUAUGUGUAGAUGAAGUUGUAAACGAAGUACUUGACAAAAAUAGAUUCGAAAUAGAAUUUGGUGAGAACAACUUGAAGAUUUCCAUAGUUGACAAUAAACCCGGAACUUACCGAAUUAACCGAUUAUCACUAAUUAUUAAUGAAAAAUUAAUAUUUCAAUCUGAACUUAUUAAACCACAAGUACAUUAUAAAAUUAUGAAGACGCAACCAUCAAUUUCUAUCAAUGGUCGAGAUCUUGUUGCGGGAGUUGUUCAAAAUACUGAAUUGAUAAUAUCUAAUGGUAGUGUAAAAAUUCAAAAAGAUACCAAAAUAAAAUUAUGGACAUCACGGGGCUUAAUGAUAAAACUUGCUAAUAGUACGGAAAGUACAUCCAAUGAGAUAGAAAUUGUAUUAUCUGAGUAUGAACCGUGGCAAAUAAUUAAAGUGCAACUGCAGGUUUAUUCUGAACUACCACCAAAAAGAGAUUCGUCAUCUAUGGAACACAAAAUAUAUAUUCAAUCAUCUUGGAGUGCUCAAGAAAGUAUAUUAUUGAAUUUUGAACCUCCUUUGAUGUCGUCUUUAACUGUUCAUACAAUUAAAGAAAGAAAAUUUCUACAGAUCGUUGUUACAGGCCUUACAAAAAAACCUUUGCAAUUGACUGAUCCAGAAUUGACAAUAAGCACUCCUGUAGUUAUAAAUUUUAAGAGUCUUAAUCCUAUUGCAGGUCAAAAAUUUAUUAUCAGAAAUGGAAUCAAAGUGUCAUAUUUGUGGGAAAUGAAAUUGGGAAGAAAUUAUACCAUAGUAAAUCCUUUAAAAUUUGAUUUUAAUGUAAAAUAUUCUAUGAUUGAUCAUACAGAUGACUUGUAUGAAUCCAAUAUUAAUGACGAUCCUCUUCAAAUAAACAAACUUCUAAAAUUAGAGAGGUCAAAUAACACAUAUCGAUGCUACUUCGAAAUUUCAAAUUAUGUCUCCAUAUUCACUGUAACAUCGAAAGUAAAAGCUAAUGGAAAUGCAGGUGAAUUUUGUCGUUCCGGGAGUAUAUGCCAUCUUCACUUAAACAUAACACGAAUAUUGCCUAAAGUUCAUUUGAAUACUUUGCCUCAACUCAUGUAUGAGGUUCUGGAUGAUCAAUCAAUGUGGGCUAUCUGCGGUCGUACGGCAGGAAUUAUAACACUUGAUACUUGUGAUGAACAGAACGUGACUCUAGAUAUUAUGCCAUUGAAAAAUGGAUACUUGCCUCUUCCCAUAGUUCGGUUGUCUCGUUACAUACCUGCUUUAGAAACAAGAAAUGAUAUGAACCAAAAUACUAGUCUCAAAACAGGUCCAAGAUUAGAACCAUUUUGCUUAGGACAAAUUUAUAACCCAAGUAAAGCACAGCAAGUUCAUGUUUUACCAGCUUAUUCUACUUAAUUUCAUUUAUUAAGUAGGAAAUUUCUUCAAUACAUGUAACAAUCAUAAAAUAAAAUAAAUAAAGCUUUUUGUAA